UUCCUCGCGGCCGCUGCCUUAAUCACUCACGGCUGGCACUCUGCCGCUGGCGGUUCUCAAAGGGCUGCACUCUGGCAGCCAAGGACUCAGUCUGUCCUGAAGAUCAGGCUACAAGCGCAACAUGCUGGAUGAGGCUCCUGUCUAGUCACUGGGCAUUAGCUGGAAGAGGCAGGGUGGUGAACAGACUGGCACACGCUCUAGAUGAUCCACUUGUGUGUGGAGAGCUGGCACUCCAGGACCAUGGCUUUGUCAUAACGGAGGAACAGACUGGGAUCAAGAGGGGUCACCAAUGAGCAGAAGCAGCAGGUCUCCCUAAAGGAUUAUAAUCAUGAGCCGUAAACUUAAAAGAGCCAGUAUAAUGUCUGGCUGGCAAAAAACCUUCGCACUGCUGGUCCCAUGGAGAAAAGGAAAAGUGGAGAAGCUCCCGGACAGUGACGUGGUGCUGACCAAGAUGAAACUGCUUACUGGUAACCUGCAUCUGAAGAGCCGAAGUGCUGAGAAGUCUACACCAGCAGGCCCAGAGACGGAGUCAGAGCAGCAGCAGCAGCAGCCGGCCAAACCCGACUGCUGUCACUUCAGAAGCAACGAGUCGCUCUGCAGGCUGCCUGGACUUUUCAAGUUUGAGUCUGAGGACUCAGGAGUUGAAAUGCCAAGAGCUAACUCGCCAUCGACACCCACGGGCUCUGAGCAGAGCUUUAUCAUUCACACUAGAGACUCCUCCUGCGACUCUGGGGCUCUGACUACCUCUGCCACCUUUGUGCCUGUCACAGAGGAGGAGUUCUCCUUGAGCAAGUCUCCUGAAAUGGUGGAAUCAGAACUGCUUAAUAGUACUGACUGUGAAGACGGCCAAUGUAAAGCUGGCACCGAUGUCAGCCCACAGGAGGCAGGCGAAGAUACGGAUCUGGAUAGGAAUCACGCUGGCAAGGCGGAGAAGCAGGUGCUGCUGCCAGCUUUUGAUGACAUGACAGAGGUGGAUUUUCAAGAGCAGCCGCUUCAGAAGUUUCCAACAAGUGACAGCCUGGAUGAAUACAUGGAUGAGUGCUGCCGACUGAGCGAGGUAAGAAAGAAAAGAGCGCAGGGCUCAAUGCUUGGCCUUUUGGGUAUUAGUGUGUCUUACAGAGUCAAUGUGUUUGUGAAGCAGGAUGGAAAAGUGGAGAAGCUCCCGGACAGUGACGUGGUGCUGACCAAGAUGAAACUGCUUACUGGUAACCUGCAUCUGAAGAGCCGAAGUGCUGAGAAGUCUACACCAGCAGGCCCAGAGACGGAGUCAGAGCAGCAGCAGCAGCAGCAGCCCAAACCCGACUGCUGUCACUUCAGAAGCAACGAGUCGCUCUGCAGGCUGCCUGGACUUUUCAAGUUUGAGUCUGAGGACUCAGGAGUUGAAAUGCCAAGCGGAGCUAACUCGCCAUCGACACCCACGGGCUCUGAGCAGAGCUUUAUCAUUCACACUAGAGACUCCUCCUGCGACUCUGGGGCUCUGACUACCUCUGCCACCUUUGUGCCUGUCACAGAGGAGGAGUUCUCCUUGAGCAAGUCUCCUGAAAUGGUGGAAUCAGAACUGCUUAAUAGUACUGACUGUGAAGACGGCCAAUGUAAAGCUGGCACCGAUGUCAGCCCACAGGAGGCAGGCGAAGAUACGGAUCUGGAUAGGAAUCACGCUGGCAAGGCGGAGAAGCAGGUGCUGCUGCCAGCUUUUGAUGACAUGACAGAGGUGGACUUUCAAGAGCAGCCGCUUCAGAAGUUUCCAACAAGUGACAGCCUGGAUGAAUACAUGGAUGAGUGCUGCCGACUGAGCGAGGUGAACCAGGGGAAGGUGAAGGAAGUGAACGCUGGUCUAGGCUACCUGGAGCACAUCUGUCGACUCAUCGAGAAGAUCGCGCAGCUUCAGGAGCACAACCUUCGACUGCAGAAGCAAAACUGCAGCUUGCAGAAGGAGGGCAAUAUGAAGACCGCCAAGGAGGAGUACUUCAUGCAUCACUGCAAGUGUGGGGCUGCCGGCCUGUCAUACACUGAGUCCAAGUGGCAGCUGGCGCAGCGGAGUGAGAGCACCCCCUCGGACCUCUCCACGAUUCCUGAAGUUACCAGGAGGAGGAAAGGGACUAAUGAAUACGGAGAGCAGGGAAGUGGUCUUCUACCUCCCCUCCUCAGGAAGAAUUUGAACCGCCGAAGCUGUGUGGAGGGCACUGGGCGAUUCCUCGGGGACAGCAUGGAAGGCCUGGCUUCCUCUUUCCAGCCUCAGAUGCUGAGACGGAUUGAAAACCACCCAUGGGGAAAAGUGAAGGACCUGGUGAAGAAGACACGUCUGAGAAACCAGAGCCGUCUAGGUCUGUCAUCCAGUGCACUGAAGAGUUCAUGCCCACAACUUUACAGACCAGAUUUAGGAUCAUAUGACCUUCCUAAAAGGGACAGGAAUUCCAUGAUUGCACUUGGGCACAAUGUGAGACAGGAGUACCUUUGGCCCCACUAACGUCAGCUGAUAAAAUGAAGAGUUCUUGGUGAGGAAGAGGACGUUACAUGAGCUGCUGAUAUGAAAUACAAGGCAGGAAGUCCAAAGUGGUGUUGAAACAAAAGACAAGGAAAGACAAGUUCUCCCUGAUUGAAUGAUAGGGUGGGAAGGCUCUUUUUAUGGGGUGGUACAAAAAUAAACUGAAGUAUUUUCUUACCACCAUCAGACUGUUGAGUAGGGUGAAGUAGAAAACAAGCUACACAAACUGCAAGUCCAACAAAAUAUGGCUGCCUAACAACGGUCUCUGGCGCCCUCUGUGGGUGGGAAGUGAGAAGACCAUAGAAAAUGUCCUCUGCUCAGUAUUUAUCUAGUAUUUAAAUGUAAAAUAUGAUACAGUGUACUUUGGAUUUAUCUUCUUUUUCUACUAUCAGGUCCUGUUGCACGUACGGUCUCAUAUAAAUUAUAUACUGUAUUUGUUUUAUGUAUUAUGCUGGAAACAUUUUUUAUAAUGGAUGUCCGCUUCUCAACUCAUCUCUCCGGUUUACAUCUUGAAAAGGUAUGCUGCUUUUCAUGCAUGCUGUAAAUUCUCAUACACUUUUUUUAUGAAAUUUAAAAGCUCUGUUUGGUAAACCUCUACUUUCAGAUGUCUUUUCAUUUGUAUUUUGUAAAGUCACUUGCAUCAGUUGUGUAGAAAUAGCACUGUUACACUCUCUGUGCAGUGGAUUCAAUGUACAUUACAAAAUCUGCUCCUGUUGUAACUGGGGGUGGGAGGACUUUUUAAUAAUAAAAGAUGUACUUAAGUAAA